AUGGCGACGGCCCAGACCACCGCACCGUACGCUUCGUCCGCCUCGAAACGACGCGGCACCAACGACAGCGUCGGGGGCAGCACGAGCUCCAUCUCCACCGCCAGCGGCAGUCCUGUUGCCCAGACCAAAAUCCCACGCCGCACCUCGCUCGCUUCUUUCCCCACACGAGCCGACGCCUCGCCAUUGCUCGCCGGCGCCGGCCGACGUCCGUCGCUGUCUCCACAACCUCCCCUCCCGUCACAUUCACCAGCGUUGCCGCCUUCGCCAGCGUUGCCGCCUGGCAGCGCCCACUCUGCUGCCAUGGCUUCCACCGACCGCACAUCCAACCAGAGCAACAAGUCCACCAAGGCGCCGUCGUCCGGCACCGGUGUUUCCUCCUCACAACACUCUUCCCUCUCCGGUCCCACGGGCGCUGGCGCCGGCGCCGGCGCCGGCGCUGGACAACAACAGCAGAACCGAAGCGGACAACAGCGCCGACGGCUGCGAUCACAGUAUCCGCGUGGCGCAUCGGCCGAGAACCAUGUCGAGUACAUUCUAGUGGCGUCCUUUGACGUCGACAAAGGCCCCAUCAUGGAGCACCAAUACCCCGUCGCCAUUACGGGCGACGAGCACAUGCUGGCCGAGCUGAUGCUGCCCGACCAGACGCAUCUGCGCAACCAGGACUGGACCAUGUUCUUCCUGCACAAGGACAUUACCCAGGAAGAGGAGGAACAAGAACAGCUCGCCAAGGAAGAGCGCAGAAAGCGGCGGCAACGGCGGCGUGCACGCAGGGCGGGGAUCCCGGUCGGAGACGAAGACAAGGAGACUGGCGGCCACGUCGAGGACGAUUCGGACGACGAAGACGACGAGGACUGGGACGACGACAUGUCGACAGACAGUGAGCCCGAAGGCGGCGAGGGCGCACCGCUGAUCUACGUGCUCAACCUGGUCAACACCAAGCAAGACAAGACACAGCGACGCGGCGCUGUCGUCAAAUCCAUGGCCAUCUGCACGCGGCACCCCUUCCUGCACAUAUACAAGCCGCUGCUUCUGCUGGCGCUCGAAGAGUACUUCAAGUCGCCCGUCGUCGAGACGCUGUCCAUGCUGUACGACGCGGUCAAUGCCAUGGACUUGUCGCUGAUGCCCCGCCUGAGCCUGCUGGAGCGCCACCUCCUGCAAGCGAGCGACAACAAGGACCUGUUUGUCGAAAAGUUUGAAAAGAUGAUUCAGAUGCGCAUCGCCGAGGAGAACGGCGACGGCGUCAGCGACCAGCCCUUUGACGCGAGCCGCAGUCCGCCCAAACCGGCCGGCAUCCUGCGCGCCGGCACCAAGGCGCACUUUGAGGGCCAGGCCGCCGCGUACUCGGUGCCGCGCGACACCCACGAGUUUGAGAGCAAGGUGUUUUACAAGGGCAUCCCCAUUCCCAUCAAAGUGCCUGUGGCCGUCAUGCCGGAGACCGUCGGCGACUUCUCGCUCAUCAAGCUGAUCCAGAACUUCUCCGAGACCCACGCCAAGGCACCACAGGCCUUUCCCUUGCACGCGCACCUGACGACCAACGGCCCGCACACGCACCCCAUCAUUGUGCUGGUCAAUGCGCUGCUGACGCAGAAGCGCAUCAUCUUUUUGGGCCACAACAUGCCCUCGGGCGACGUGGCGGAGGCGGUGCUGGCGGCGUGCGCGCUGGCAUCGGGCGGUGUGCUGCGCGGCUUUACGCGGCACGCCUUCCCCUACACGGACCUGACCAAGAUCGACGACUUGCUGCUCGUGCCUGGCUUCAUUGCGGGCGUCACCAACCCGACCUUUGAGCUGCACCCGGAAUGGUGGGAUCUACUGUGCGAUCUGCCGUCGGGCCGCAUCAAGAUUAGCAGCCGCAUUGAGGAGGCGCCCGUCACCGAGGGCCUGGUGUUUUUCAAGCAGCAGCACCCGUCGUGCGCCAAUCUCGUGGACACGGCCACCACGGCCAACGUCAGCUCGGCCAACAGCGACCUGACCGGCGACAACGCCUUCAUGGCCGACAUUCUCAAGAGCGUGGCCGCGCGGCUGGGCGAGCGCGUCAUCCGCGCCAAGUGGCGUGACUGGGUCGUCAAGUUUACGCGCAUCGCCGCGGCCUUUGAAGAGAGCGUCUAUGGCGCGAGCGUGCUGCACAUGGGUGGCGGGGGCGGCAGCAGCAGUGGCAACGGCAACGGCGGCCACAACGGCCACGACAGCAACGACAGCAACAGCAACCUCCACGACUUUGAGAACCUCGCCCUCUCGCCCUCCACAACCACGACCGGCACGCCGACGGCCACGUCACCGCCCUCGGCCCUCUCGGCCGCCAACGGCCACGGCUACGUCUGGGCCGACGAGAACGCCAAGCAGCGCGAGCUGGCCGGCAACGCGUCGCGCGUCGAGGGCUGGCGCGUCUCGCGCAGCUACCUGUCGUUUAUCAAGGACGUCGCGCAGCUCUACACGGUGCGGCCGCUCAAGGGCUACGACCUGCACCACAUGCACGACCGCCUGCGCACGCAGCGCCUGACGCCGACGCUGAGCCGCGACAUCUUCCUGACGUUUGCGCGCACCGUGCACUCGUACGACGAGAUCUGCCUGUUGCUGUCGGUGGCGCCCGAGGCGCACGGCGGCCUCUUUUACGUCGCCCUCGGCCUCUUCCACAAGGACCGCGACGUGCGCACCCAGACGACGGAGCUGCUCGAGCGCGUGGCCGAGCACGAGGCCGGGCAGCACUGGUGGCGGGGUCUCAGCCGGUUCGAGAUGCUGGCGUUUGCGCGCAUCCGGCGCGAGGCCGAGGCGGAGGCGCGCUCCAAGCUGGACAACAAUGCAGGCGGUCCUGGCGUAGGAGGAGGAGGAGGAGGAGGUGGUGGGGGUGGUGGUGGUGGUGUUGGUGGCGGUCGCGACCGGGCCAUUACACCCAUUACGGGCAACCUGCCACCGGGCGUCGUCGUCGGCGAGAAGCGGGCCAGCUAG